AUAAGUUGCUUUCCCUGCGUGCCCAUCUUUGCACAAACGUGCAAAGGCACUUAGCAGGAGCCAAAUCCCUGAGCGGCGUGUGGACAUGGAGGAUGUUCACCAAGCAGGUGCUGCCAGCGCUCACUUGUGCCCAAUGAUUUGCAAGAUGGAUGUCCUCAAGUCUUGUCAUUUGUCUGCUGCCUUUCAACAUGCCACAUGAUUCACCCCCUAAGGCUGACCCGGCAGGGCUGGAGAGUCUGGUGGUGAACACGGCUUACCUCAAGGGACAACAGGCCGGCCGCAAUGAGCAGAGGAUGCGAAGAGAAUCCCUGACGCUGCCCAACCCAAAGAAAUCGACUGCUCCCCGGGCAGGGGCCGAGAAAAGCUACGAGUGGCUGUGUGAGCUGCAGCCCAUCGGGAGGAAGCUUUUCCUGCAGUUCCUCAUGACCUCUGACCCCCAGAGGGCAGCCGCUGCAGUGUUCCUGCAGGAGCUAGACGACUGGAGCUUUGCUGAGGACGCAACAAAAGAGAAGGUCAGACAAAGGAUACUUGCCAAGUUCUGUCAUCCUCAGUCUCAGACGUUUCUGUCUUACCUCACAGAAGACUCAAACCUGUGCAGGACCUUGUCAGUCAAAAGCCUUGAUGAGGAAACAGUUCAGAAGAUAACAAAUGCAACAAAGGACUUCCUGAAGGGUAAACCUUUCCUGGAAUACUUGAAGAGCCCCCAUUUCUACAGGUUUCUGCAGUGGAAGGAGUGUGAGAGGCAGAAGAUUACUGACAAGUACUUUUAUGAGUUCAGGACUUUGGGAAGAGGAGGCUUUGGUGAGGUUUGUGUUGUGCAGGUGAAGUACACAGGCCACAUGUACGCCUGCAAGAAGCUGGACAAGAGACGUCUGAAAAAGAAAAGCGGGGAGAGGCUGGCCCUUCAGGAAAAGCAGAUCCUGGAAAAGGUUAACAGCCCCUUCAUCGUAAACCUGGCUUACGCCUACGAAAGCAGGACUCACCUGUGCCUGGUCAUGGACCUGAUGUCUGGAGGAGACCUCAAGUUUCACAUCUAUGAGUUGGGGGAGAGAGGCAUCCGCAUGGAGCGUGUAGUUUACUACACCGCACAGAUAAUCUCCGGCAUCCUCCACCUGCACUCCAUGGACAUUGUGUACCGGGAUAUGAAGCCGGAGAAUGUGCUGCUGGACGGCAAAGGACAGUGCCGAGUGUCCGACCUCGGAUUGGCUGUGGAGCUGCCGAACGGGAAAAUGAUCUGCCAGAGGGCUGGAACAACAGGUUACAUGGCUCCUGAGGUUCUCAAGCAGGAGUACUACCGCACGUCUGUGGACUGGUGGGCUCUGGGCUGCAGCAUUUAUGAGAUGGUUGCCGCUCGCUUGCCUUUCAGAGACUUCAGGGAAAAAGUCCAGAACACUGAGGUUACUCGUCGUACUCUGGAGGACGACUGCAAGUUUGAAGACAAACGAUUUGAUUCUCCAACGAAGGAAAUCAUUGUCCAGUUCCUCAGGAAGAAGGUUGCACAUCGCCUCGGGUGCCGCAAGGGGGACGACCCACGAAACCACUCAUUUUUCAAGAACAUCAACUUCCACCGGCUGGAAGCAGGGCUGGUGGAGCCCCCCUGGGUGCCGAAGGCCAACGUGGUCUACGCCAAAAACAUCGAGGACUGUCGGGACAACUCUGAUGUGAGGGAUGUAGAACUGAACUGCAAGGACGAGAAGUUCUUUAAGGAGUUCAGCACGGGUGCUGUUCCCAUCCGAUGGCAAAGGGAAAUCAUUGACAGUGGAUUGUUUGAUGAACUGAACAACUCCCAAAUGAACGGGAAUUGCCACAAAACUGUUUGGAUUUCUAGGAUGUGCAUCAUUUUGUGAGCUAAACUAAGCUGGAAGUUGAGGUUCUUGAAAGUUUUUGUUGGAAAAACACGUGCCUGUUUGAAUUGCAUUGCUAAAGUCUCUCUUCUAAAUGAGUAAGUAAAGCAAACAUAACUUAAAUUAAAGCUGCGAGCGGCAUUGUAUGGUACCCGCCCUUCCCGCCUCCAUCUAAGAUGCCCUCUUGUAAAAAUUAUGCAAGCUCAGGGAAACGCCACUUUUGCAAGCUCUCCACGCUAAUGCCAAUCAAAAUCUACAACUCAGUUUUACAUCAAGUAGCUUCUCAAUGAGGCUCGAGGAGUUAACCCUUGUGCUAUCCUAGGCACUUUAACAUUGGGAGUUGGGUCAUCUAGACCCACUAGACAGUGCG